CAACCAUCCUCACCAGCUUCACAAGCUUCUUUUCUCCAUCCCCCAAUCUCACGGACACCCGUCCACCCCACUCACCAUGCCCGACUCGCCCCCGCGGCGACGCCGCUCGCGCUCGCGCUCACCCCGGCGCCAACCUCCCAAAGGCCCGGGCGGAUUUCGCUGGAAAGAAAAGCGCGCACCCCGCGACGACAACCCCAACCCGGACACCGACCGCGCCCUAGACCGCGGUUACCGCGCGCGUUCACCUCCUCGCCGGGAUACCCACCGAGACAGAGACUACGAUCGCGGAGAUAGAUACCGACGCGACUACAGCCCGGAUAGAGCCAGGGACCGCGAUCGUGAUCGUGAUCGUGACCGGGACAGAGACAGAGACUCCACCAAGCCGAAGAAAACCGACAGCGAAAAGAAAGAGAAAAAGGAGAAGAAGAAGAAGCUCAAGCCCGCCAGCACGGAGGAAAUGAUCCUCGUGACGGUCAACGAUCGACUGGGAAGUAAGGCGACGGUGCCGUGUUUGCCGUCGGAUACGGUGGGAGAUUUGAAGGUGUUGGUGGCGGCGCAGAUUGGUCGCGCUCCUAGGGAGAUUAUGUUGAAGAGGCAGGGGGAACGGCCGUUUAAGGAUUUUAUUACCCUGGGGGAUUAUAGUAUUACGAAUGGGGUGCAGUUGGAUUUGGAGAUUGGGACGGGGGAUUAGAUUUAUGUCUUUGGGUAGAGAAGAGGGGAUUGGUGGUGGUGGUGGUGCAAGUUUGUGGGUUGUGUGGUAUUAGGUUCCUCUAUUGGUCAUGGAUGGUGGGGAUGGGAUGAUUUAUUCUCUGGUGAUUGUGGGGAUUGGAGUUGAGGUGGAGUUGGGGGUUCUUCAUACAUACUGUGUAAACCUGUGGAAAUGAAAAUGUUCAUCCAUCAUAUCAUGUUUUCUUUUUAUGGAGUAAGUAGUAGGUCGGUGUUCCAUGUAUC